ACAAGCGCCGCAUUUCUGCCAAAAAAAUGACAAAAUAGCUUACUUUGUCAACAGUAGGACGCUAAGAUGGCUCACAGUGGAGCAAUGCAAGAGGCAGCUGUGGGGGAUUGCUCUGCCAAGCAGGGGUCUAAUGUCUGCCUUCGAACUCGAUCAAGCUCCAGUGAGAGAGACGGUCAGGUACAGGCUGUCAAAGCUGCACUUCGGUCCAGGCUGGGGCCCUAUGAGCCUGUCCUGACCUUUUUGCAGUCUGUCCUGGUGUGGGAAAAACCCUUUCAGUGUGUCCUUCUCUACAUUGUGGUAAACAUUGUGUUCUGGUUCUUCGCUUUGACCUCACUCUGCCUGCUGUUCUUGCUGGCUUCUGGCCUGGCUGUGCUCGUCUGUGUUGAUACCUGGAGAAAUAAGAUCUGGCCAGAGAUUAGAGUUAGAAGGCUGGAUGAAUCAGAAAAUGAGAGCUGGUGGUGCAUCCUGGCAUCCGAAGUGUGCCACCAUGUUGCUGAGGCCUGGUUUUGCCUCCCAACCUGUGGAGUGUUCAGCUGUUUGACUGUCAUCGGACGCUACAUUCCUGGAUUGGUGCUCUCCUACUCUGCAUUGUUAGCUACUCUCCUGGCUCCUCCGGCAGCCUAUCACAGGGUUUUUCAGCAUGUUGGCGUGAAGCUGGAUCCAGUCCUGCAGUGGCUGGAUUUCAGCGUUCGUGGGUACAUGAUGUAAGAUAAUCAGUUCCUGCGAAGACCUAUACAUGGUGCAGCCUCAGGUGAAGCCAGCGACAGUGAGGAGGAGUUGGCUGCUUUCUGCCCAACAUUUGAUGAUGCUUUUGCAAAGGAGCUUGCAUUGACUGAUGAGCAUUCUGAUGCUGAGGUUUCUUAUACUGACAAUGGAACAUUUAACCUAUCAUGUGGCCAGACCCCACUGACAGAAGGCUCUGAGGAUUUUGACAGGCAUAGUGAUGCUGAAGAAUCCUUUGCCCAAGACCUCCCAGACUUCCCCUCUAUAAACCCUGAGGAUGAUGACUAUGACACGAGCACUGGGCCACCUAGCCUGGGUCCAUCUGGGCUAGCUAGUCAUCGGGCUUCAGUGCUGGAUGUGGAUGGUCAUCUGGACUCGGACCAGGAGGAUCUGGAUGCUGAACUUUCUCUCAGCGGCCUGCAAAUUGCCUCUAAUAUCACUGGAGACCUGGCUGGAGUCAUUGCCAGCAACAUGAUCCAGGCGGUGCUGGCCGGGGCAAUUCAACCUCAUCCCACUGCUACCCAGCGCAGAGAAGGUCCCCCCAGGGCUAAGGCCCACCGAAGCUAUGGCGAGCAGUCCAGUUCUGAGCUGGACACGGACUUGGAUGGAGAGAAUUUUGAAAUGCUUGAUCAGUCUGAACUAAACCAGUUGGAUCCCCUUGGUGAAGGUGUGGGCACUAGACGAGGAGAGAACCAGGGCCCUAACUUCUUGUCUAGCCUGCUUGGUAAACCACAGUAAGGAACAGGCCAUCAGAUACAUGGGAGCCUACCAGAUGGCAGAAGGCCGGGUUCUGCUAAGAUACUAC